CCGAUACUCGCUUUUGUGCGUUUGUCCGCGAAAUAACACGAGAAAAGGCGUGCGGAUCACGGCGUGAGGCGCACCGACGGACGCGGCCGUUCGCGAGGAACACGCGGACGCAACGUGGGAGUCUGAGAGCACGCGAUUUCUCGCCCGGGACACGGUCAACUGUUUCCCGCCGACUCGUUCACGCAUCGUCGAUGCUGACGCCGAGGCAGUCGUGGCGUUCGUCUUAGUAGCCGAGAAUCGCGUGGCUAUGGACGCGAUAAUGCCUGAAAUACGACGAUGUAAUCAACAAUAACGUUGGAUUACCGAGGAUUUUGUUUUUUUCUACCAAGUGAUCUUAUCUAUAAAUAGACCAACAACUGCAUUCUGCAUCAAUCAAGAGUGGAGGAGACAGGUAGAAACUGGUACAAACCAGGUACAAAUUGUAUAUUGAUUGAUUCCAUAAGAUUUCUUUUGAGAUAAUAUCCAUCAAUGAUGGUAAUCCAUGUAAAAUAUAAGCUUCAUUUCAUUCAUGCAAAUGUGUUGUGUUCAGAGCUGAGAAAUAUUCUUACCUUAAGAAGGUAAGGGAGAUGUUAGACCAUAGAAGUUACGAACUAAUGUCAGAAACAGCAGAGGAGCGUGCUAUUAGAUUGUACACGGCUGCGGAGAGAAUGAAGAACGCCAGAGCUAAAGAGACUGAGGAGCAAGCAACAUUAAGAAGAAUGCAGGAAGCCCAGCGUAUGGCCAGGCACCGUGCCAAGAAGAAGCGUUGUUUGGACGAGAAUCUCGCUAGGGAGAUCUCUAAGAUCGCGGAACUGUCGAAGAUGCCCGAAGCCGCUGCGAUAGCGCAGAUGUCCGAAAUGAACAUGAACAAGAUAUCCGCGGAAUUGAAGCAGAUGAUGGAGAGAGGCAAAGUACCUGAGCAUAUAGUUCAAAUGGCUCAACUCGCGGAGUUUAGCAAAAUAACAGAGUUGAACAAGAUGUCGCAGGAUAUGGCGAAGAGAUAUGAGAUGGAGAAGAUGGCUGAGUACGCCAAGACCACUGAGUACAUGAAGAUGCAGGAAAUCGCGAAGAUGUCGGAGUUUGCGAAGAUGAACGAGAUGGUGAAGCUGUCGGAGAUGGCCAAGUACAACGACAUCACGAAGAUGAAUGAGAUGGCGAAAAUGAGCGAGAUGAUGAAGAUGUCGCAGAUGGCCAAAAUCAAUGAAGUGCAGCGCAUGAACGAGAUCGCGAAGCUGAACGACAUGGUGAAGAUGUCGGAGAUGGCCAAGUACAACAACGACAUCAACAAGCUGAACGAGAUCGCGCAAAUUAACGAGAUGGCGAAGGAGAUUGCGAAGAUGAACGAGAAAAGCAAGAUGAACGAAAUGAUAAAGAUGGCCAAUAUACAGAACGAUAUCACCAAGAUGCCCGAGUAUUCGAAGAUGGCUGAGAUGGCCAAGCUGACGGAGCUGGCCAAGCUGAACGAGAUCACGAUAACGAAGUUGAACGACCCGCCACCGCCGCCGCCGCCGCCCAAGAUCCCAGAAAUCCCGCGUAUACCCGAACCUGUGAUCACCGUGCCAAAUCCCAGAAACCUGCAGAACGUGCAGACUGUGCAAGUGGCGCAGGCCAGCCCGUCCAGCACGAUCAACUUCCCGAGCGUGCCGGGCCAGGGCAAGUACGCGCAACUGUUGGUGAUUAUCGAGGAGCUUGGUAGGGAUAUUCGCCUAUCCUACGCGGGUAGUCGCAGCGCGGCUGAGAGGCUGAAGAUGGGCAUCCAGCAUGCCCGCAUGCUCGUGCGCGACUGUCUUUUGGAGACGGAACACAACGCGCGACAAUGAUCUGCCGACGACGCUAGCGAUUUAGACCUCUAGCCGAUGAUUAUUUUACGGAACGCUUUGUACGAUACAUAUAUAUACAUAUUAUACAUAUAUCUACGGAGUACAACGGUAUAAUCUUAAAGGGAGUGUCUUAGCGUCCGCGAUAAUGCGCACACGCGUCAAAAAAAAAAAAAAAGAAAUACCCGCUGUAAGCUUAACGAGCGAGUUUAUUUUUGGGUGCGCACUGAGAUGCACCCGGUGCGCGAUUGAGGACUGUCGCUCGACAUCCGAUGUACUCGGAGAAAAAGACAGGGUGAUGGCUGACUCACUGUAAAGUAACUGUAUGAAUUUUGUAUGUAAAAUUAAUAUAUAUAGUCCAAUGAAUUAUUUUAUAGUUAUUAUAACCAAAGCUUCAGUUGCAAUAGCUAUAAAAUUAUUGAUUAAACUAUAUACAUUAUAAUUCUGCGUACAACUUGUAUAGUUGUCAUUUUAUAGCUAUUAUCUUGUAUUUCUCUGAGUGUAGUUCAUCUAACGCGCGAAAGCACAACUGAAGCGCCUUCAUUGACAAAGUAAAAGUGUUUAUAUUCAGGAUAAUGUAUACUGUGUCGGAAAUUGUAUAAUGUACAUAUAUUCUUUCAAGCGAUGUGACGAGAUGCGUGCUGAGCGAUUUACAGAUCCAAUCACUUGUAUACUACGCGUUGCAAUUCGUGCAGACGACAGUCCUCGAAACGCGCACCGCAGCGCUCUGUUGCAUCCAAGCAAAUUCGCGAUUAGAAAUAUUACCACGUAAAGAACCGGAAGUGAAGGAAAACAGAAAACUGUUCGUUGCAGAAGUGAAUUUGGGAAUCCAGAUUGAUCCGAAUGAGAGAAGUAUUUAUAACGUUCCCGAGGCAUGUUUAGAUUGUGUUCGUUAAAUACUGUCCCCAAGUUUUUUUUUUACUUUCAAUUGUGGAAACUGCACGGAUUAUCAUGUUUUUGUUUUCCUUUAAUUUCUUUCUUCCUUACUAUGUUGUGAGACUUUGCACAUCGUGAUUUAUUGUAAGAUACAGUGGUGGCGGACCUGCUCUUUCAUUUAGAAAAAGCGUAGACGAAGUUGGAUCACACUCUCUCAAAUGAUGAUUAAUAAGUGCUUAAAUACAUUCGGAUAACGGGAGCAUAGCUAUACCUUUCUCAUUUCAGAAAGGACAGUUUAUACACUGAGGAAUCCUAGUUUAUAAUUUCUGAGAAACGAGAGAAAGGGGAAGAUUAUGGGAUUCACUACGUCUUACGUUAUUGAAUCAUCGACGAUGAUGUGCGAGUAUACGUUUCGAAUAUGAAAGAAAAAGAAUAUAAGAUAAAACUGAUCAAAUGAAAUGUACCUAAUGGAAAGUAUAAUCCCCGACUAUAGCUGACUCUAAAAUAUCGUUAAAUAAAUAAAAAUUUUGUACAACGCAA